CACCAUCCAACUAUCCCAAAACACACACAUAAAAGAUCAGGAAAAUGAGUACCUUACAACAACUUUCUGUGCACAGUACCAUCUCCAACGUCAUUACAGAGAAGAGAAAAUCGGUGACAAUCCCUACAAAUGGUAGUCAUCAUCUAGAGAGCAAGCCGACGAUUCAUGAUGUGGACAAAUGCGCCGAGGCUUUCAUCCAAAACUUCCGGCGACAACUUUCUCUUCAGUGCGAUAACAUCCUCCCUAGAGGAAGUCUUUGAUAUAUAACACAUACAUAAAAAUAGAUGUCUCAUGUCUCAUGUGACAGAUAAUAUGUCUUACUAAUUGUCUUUCAAAAGCUUCUAAGGGGAUUUCAAUUGUAAUAUAAGAUUUUCUUGUU